AUGGACAGCGUAGACACAAAGCCACAAAUUGUGAACAUUCCAGAAACUAAAGUGCAGCCUGUGGAAAUUGAAAUACUACCCGUAGUCUACGAUAUUAUUCGAAGUGUUGAAAAGGAUCCAAUUGAUAACACUGCAAAACAGAAGGAAAGUGUUGAGUGCAGCCAGAAGGUACUCGAACUCCAACGUACGCUGGAAGCAGCUCGCGCCACCAUUCGUAAACUGCACGGCAUCGAGUACAGCAAAGAAGAACAACUACGACGACUGUACAGUUUGCGCAAGCAACUGGUGUUAAAACAGCAACUUAUUAAAAAAUAUAAGAACGUCCAGUUCUAG